UUGUACUCCACUCCAUUUAGUCCAUUAAUAUGCGGAGUAAUUAAAAUAUAAUCAAUAUAAUAAUGAUAUAUAUUAGGGAGGAGGGUGGUGCAAAAAUGGUGAAGAUUGCAAGAAUAGAGCCACGGGGAGAUUAGGGUCUUCCAAGAAUAUGUACCCUAUGAUUUCAUUGAAUGAUAUGUUGAGCGAAAACGCCACAGAAAAUCCAGAUUUAUUUAACUGGCAUAGAGUUCAUGUCGCUUAUUGUGAUGGAUCUUCUUACACCGGUGAUGUUGAAACUGUUGAUCCUGCCACAGGUGGAACAUAUAGAGGCGCAAGAAUAUUUGAUGCAUUAAUGACUUACUUUCAAUCACAAGGAAUGAAAGAUGCUAAAAAUGCCAUCCUAGCGGGCAACUCUGCCGGUGGAUUAGCAACGAUUAUACACUGCGACCGUUUUCGCGCGCUCUUCCCAAGCACAACAAGAGUGAAGUGUCUUGCUGAUUCUGCCUACUUUAUUAAUGACGAUCAAUUGCAAGGAGACAAAAUAUUCCAAUCAAGCUUCGAAUUUUUGGUCAAUUCAAUGGGAUCGGCUAAAUCGUUGCCUCAAGAAUGCACUUCAAAAAUGCAACCUUCAUUGUGUUUCUUUCCUCAAAAUAUAAUACAAUACGUCAAGACGCCCAUCUUCAUAGUCAUGUCAGCAUUUGAUCAAAUUCAGUUAAGGUAUGGCUUGUCACAACAACCAUAUGAGCAAUGCGCUAUACAUAACAAUUGCUCUCCCACAGAGUUAAAAACCAUCCAAGAUCUAAGAAUGCACUUUUUAAAUUUACUGCCAAAAGGGGACUCCCAAUCAAUUGGAAUCUGGGUGCCUAAUUGUGUCAGCCAUGAAUUCACAUACUUCUCAUGGUAUGGUCCAAAUAAAAUCAGAGUCCUCGGAGACAAGACUUAUGCAGAGGUAUUCGGUGAUUGGUACUUUGAUCGGGCCACAAGCCCAAUUCGAGCAAUUGACAAGUCGGACAAGCCCAUUGACUGCACCGCAUAUGGGCAACACCCACGAUUAUGAUUCGGUUCUAGCUCAAAUCUCCCUGUUAAAUUAUUACUUACAUUAUGUUGAUUAUAUGUACAUUAAAAGAUCCAUAAUCUUCUAUUGGCAUUAAAUCUAAAGAUGUACAUAAAUAUUUUCGAUCAAUCUGUAUAUUUUUAUUCAUGAUAAGAGAUUAGCAGGGAAAUAAUAAUUAUGAAUUCAUGAUUGAACAUUUUUUAUUAAAUCAAAAAUAUUUCUUUCCAUUCUACGCAAUCAAGAAAUAGACACCAA